AUGAGGACUGCGAGCUCAGCGAUACCUCAUGACUUUGUCCUCGGUACCGCUCCGCAUCUUGUGCAUCAAUUUACGCCCUACUAUUACUUUGAAAACGAGCAGCAGAGCGUUCGGUUUCAGUGUGCUGCCCGCCAAAAGCAGUUAUUGCAAACAUUUGAGACUCACCGUAUCAAAACACACGAUGACGAAAUCUCACAUGGUCAACAGCUGAAAGUGUGGCAAAAACCAGGAGAAUUGACAAUUUCGAUCACCUUCUUUGUGCACAAGGGCGAAGUCGAACCGAAACAACACUAUGAACUCGAGCUGAAGUGGUUCAAGCAGGACAUAAAGCGGAGCGGAGACAAGGGAUUGAUUAUGACGUUCUACACGCGCAAAGAUGAACGUCGGGGAUCAAGCGACAAUGCAGGCAUUAUAAGGAACAUGUUCCAGCGUAGACCUUCGGAGAAUCGUCGUAUCUCAAUACAUUCAAGGUCAUCAUCGAACUCGUCCAAUCAUCGAGCUCUUCCUGAUGGGAAUAGGAUGGUCACGCCGCACAAGGCCUUCUCGGAUUGGAGAUCUCUCUUGGUGGAAUUUGAGCGUGAAAUCGACGUCGAACAGUUCCUAGCUGUCUGUCACGAUCCAGGGAGGGCUCCAGAACCUCGUGUUCCGGAAUCGCAUUGGAAAGUCAGUCACGGUUUCGAGGAGACCGUGCACUUCUUGAAGCCUGUAUCAGGCUCGUUUAAAGCUGGCCAAUGGUUCACCGGCUUGCACAGUCUGAGAAAACGUUACUUUCCGCAUGGCCUCGAUGACGCGGUGCGAGUUAACAUCGCCGUCUUGGACACCGGUAUCGACAAUACCAACCCCGACAUAACGGAGAUGUGGGGGAAGCGAGCGCCACCCACCAGAAGAUAUCGCAACUUCCUGAACGAUGCUUCCGUUGCCGGUCAGCUAGGGAUAGAGCCCUGGACAAAAUCCAAGGUGGAUGAGCUCGUCGGACAGCUGCGACAGCGUCAUAGAGACUUGCCGCAGGAUGAUACUGGCCAUGGCACUCAUGUGGCAGGCAUCAUCAUGCAAUUGUACCCAGAGGCUAAUCUGUUCAUUGGCAGAGUCAUUGAGGAAAACGUUGUUAGGGAGGAAGAAGCGACGCGGGCAGCUGCUAGGAGGCUCGCACUGGCCAUAUUAUUCUCUGCCGAAGUGUGGAAGGUCAAGAUCAUAUCAUUGUCCAUAGGCUUCCGCAAAGCCUUCUUAAGGGACGACGAAAAGGCUAUUGUCCGAAAUGCUCUCAAAUAUGUCAUGGACACCCACCCGGGAGUGAUCGUCUUCGCCGCCGCAUCCAAUGAGGGAAACAGAGACAGGAUCCUCUUCCCGGCGAGUGAGGAUAGGGUGUUCUGCGUAAACUCCUCUAACGGCGACGGUAAAGCCUCUGAAUUCAACCCACCGCACCAAGAACGCCACGAGAACUUCAGCAUCUUGGGUGAGGGCGUAAGUUCAACUUGUCUUCAGCACAACAACACAGGCACAGGUGGCAGGUUGAUAGCUUCGUGGGCAGUCCGAAGUGGAACGUCAGUCGCCACACCAAUAGCAGCGUCGGUCGCAGCCAUCAUCCUCCAUUUCGGACGUCAGUGGGCACCGGAUAACCACAAAAAUCUCGAAACCCGUCGUGGAAUCAAGCGAGUACUAGAAAGCAUGGCGCCUCUUGAAAAUCGAGAUGGGUUUUACGAUAUUGUCCCGUGGAUGAGUGGGGUGUUCGUAGAGAACAACGACUUUCGGGACCCAAACGAGUCCAUUGCAACGGCAACGGAAAGGCUAAGGGAUGUAUUAGACUAA